CUUCCCAUCCUGGCGUUUGCCUGCAGCAAGAUGGCGGCGGUCUCAAUGUCAGGGGCGCUGAAGCAGGCGCUGUGGUGGAGAAGGGCAGUAGCUACAGCUGCUAUUUCCGUUUCCAGGGCCCCGACCAGGUCGUUGAGCACUUCCACAUGGAGGCUGGCACAGGACCAAGCUCAAGACACGCAACUCAUAACAGUUGAUGAAAAAUUGGAUAUCACUACUUUAACUGGCGUUCCAGAAGAACAUAUCAAAACUAGAAAAGUCAGGAUCUUUGUUCCUGCUCGCAAUAACAUGCAGUCUGGAGUAAACAACACAAAGAAAUGGAAGAUGGAAUUUGAUACCAGGGAGCGAUGGGAAAAUCCUUUGAUGGGUUGGGCGUCAACGGCUGAUCCCUUGUCCAACAUGGUUCUAACCUUCAGUACUAAAGAAGAUGCAGUUUCCUUUGCAGAAAAAAAUGGGUGGAGCUAUGACAUUGAAGAGAGGAAGAUUCCAAAACCCAAGUCCAAGUCUUACGGUGCAAACUUUUCUUGGAACAAAAGAACAAGAGUAUCCACAAAAUAGGUUGGCACUGACGACUAUAUCUCUGUUCUUGACUGUGAAUAAAGUCAGCUGUGCAGUAUUUAUAGUCCAUGUAUAAUACAUUUCUUAAUCUCCUAAUAAAUUUGACCUUUAAACUACA